CUGUGCUCACGUGAGGAUAACGAUAAGAUGGGGAGAGAGCUCGUCUGAGAUAAUCCAAGUUGUUCUUUGUAAUGUGUUACGUGGUGGGGAAUGCUGCUCUUUGUAGUCAUCUGAGAGCACUUCAGCCAACUGGAAUAUCUUGCUUUACCAAGUCCCAGGCGAAGCUGAAUGCCCAAAGCAGGCUGCCUGGUGAUUUUACCUUUGAUUUGGGAAGCUGGUGCUUCUGGCAAGCAGAAUGCAAAGCCGUGGAUUUCUGGUGCCAAGAUAUUACAGCGGGGAAAAUGAGAAGGUUCUUAAGGCCCGGACAUGAUCCAGUAAGAGAGAGGCUCAAGCGCGACCUUUUCCAGUUUAACAAGACCGUGGAACAUGGAUUUCCCCAUCAGCCCAGCGCAUUGGGCUACAGCCCGUUUCUCCACCUUAUGGCCAUUGGGACGCGGUCGGGAGCCGUCAAACUAUAUGGUGCUCCUGGGGUGGAGUUCAUGGGUUUACAUGAAGAAAACAAUACUGUAAUGCAGAUUCACUUUAUACCUGAUCAGUGCCAGCUGGUGACGUUACUAGAUGAUAACAGCUUGCAUCUCUGGAGCCUGAAGCAGCACAGUGGAGCAUCUGAGCUGCGGGAGGAGCACCGCUUCACACUGAAAGGGCCACCUGGGUCUCCACCAAGUGCCACGCAGAUAACAGCCGUCCUUCCCCAUUCCUCGCGGGAAGUCCUGUAUCUUGGCACAGAGAGUGGCAACAUUUUUGUGGUGGAGCUUCCAUCGUUCAGAGUGCUCGAGGACAGGACCAUAACCUCCGAGGCUGUGCUGCAGCGGGUACCGGAAGAUUACUGUAACAGACGAUCAUGUGAAUUGGUGGAAGCCCUUCGGGAGCAUCCUAAGAACCCUGACCAGAUCCUGAUUGGAUACAGCAGGGGACUGAUUGUCCUCUGGGACCUGCAAAAUAAUAAAGUGACACACCAUUUCCUUGGCAGCCAGCAACUGGAGAACCUCUACUGGCAGCGGGAUGGCAGUAAAUUCGUUAGUUGUCACUAUGAUGGAAGUUACACCCAGUGGCCAGUAUCCAGUGACAACAGGCAGCCUGAGCCUCUGGAGAACGUUGUGCCUUACGGUCCUUUUCCCUGCAAGGCCAUCUCCAAGAUCUACUGGCAGACAACAAAGAAUGGGCUUCCUUACAUUAUAUUCCAAGGAGGGAUGCCCCGGGCUAGCUAUGGUGACCGGCACAGUAUCUCUGUUGUCCAUGGCAGCCAGCAAACAGCCUUUGACUUCACAUCGCGGGUGAUAGACUUCUUUAUCAUCUUCAGUUCAGAGCCUACUGCAGAGUUUGAUGACCCUUCUGCUAUGGUGGUGCUGGCAGAAGAAGAGCUGGUAGUCAUAGACUUAAAAUCCGCGGGCUGGCCAGCAGUCCAUCCUCCGUACUUGGCUUCUCUCCACUGCUCAGCCAUCACCUGCUCGCACCACGUCUCCAACAUCCCGCUGAAACUGUGGGAGAGGAUUAUCAGUGCUGGGAGCAAGCAGAACGUUCACUACUCGAAUAUGCCAUGGCCGAUUGAUGGUGGCACCAACAUAGCUCCAGAUCCUCCUCAGAGGGACUUGCUUCUAACCGGGCAUGAAGAUGGCACUGUGCGAUUUUGGGAUGCAUCUGGUGUCUGCUUACACCUCCUUUAUAAGCUAAGCACAGUGAGAGUAUUUCUCACGGAUGCUGACCCCAAUGACAAUAUGAACACACUGGGGGAGGACGAGUGGCCUCCACUCCGCAAGGUUGGUACCUUCGACCCUUAUAGUGAUGAUCCUAGACUUGGGAUCCAGAAGAUCUACCUGUGUAAAUACAGCGGAUAUUUGGCUGUAGCUGGCACGGCAGGGCAGGUGCUGGUGAUGGAACUGAACGAUGAAGAUGCAGAGCAUGUUGUUGACCAUGCUGAAGCAGAUCUCCUACAGGAUCAAGAGGGCUAUCGAUGGAAAGGUCACGAGAAAUUAAAGACUCGAGAUGGACCUGUUCGCUUUGAAGCUGGUUUUCAGCCAUUUGUCCUUGUCCAGUGUCAACCACCAGCCGUGGUCACCUCAUUGGCCCUCCACUCUGAAUGGAAGCUCGUGGCCUUUGGUACUAGUCAUGGUUUUGGGCUUUUUGACCACCAGCAGAAACGACUGGUCUUUGUCAAAUGUACACUGCAUCCCAGUGACCAAUUGGCCUUAGAAGGGCCACUGUCUCGGGUGAAAUCCUUGAAGAAGUCCCUCCGUCAGUCAUUCAGGCGGAUCAGAAGAAGCCGAGUGUCCAGUCGGAAGCGACGAGGAGGUGGUGGAAAUGUUUCAGAGGUGCAAGAAGCAAAUGCCAAAUUUGACCAAGACGCACUGCAGGAAAUGGAACUGGCUCCCGUCCAGAGGAAGAUUGAAGCCCGGUCUGCAGAAGACUCUUUCACUGGCUUUGUGCGCACCUUAUAUUUUGCUGACACCUUCUUGAGAGACAGCUCCCGGCACUGCCCGUCCUUGUGGGCAGGCACCAAUGGAGGUACGGUCUAUGCCUUCUGUUUACGUGUUCCACCAGCAGAAAGGAGGAUGGAUGAACCUGUCAGGGCAGAGCAGGCCAAAGAAAUUCAGCUGAUGCACAGAGCUCCUGUUGUGGGUAUACUUGUCUUGGAUGGGCGCAGCACACCUCUGCCAGAACCUCUGGAAGUAGCACAUGAUCUUUCUAAGAGCCCUGAUAUGCAAGGCAGCCAUCAGCUACUGGUGGUGUCUGAAGAGCAAUUUAAGGUCUUCACGCUACCCAAGGUUAGCUCCAAACUGAAGCUCAAGCUGACGGCACUGGAAGGCUGUAGGGUACGAAAAGUGACGGUUGCUAACUUUGGCAGCUGCAAGACCGACGAUUACAGUGAAAAUGACCUGGCUGUCCUGACUAACCUGGGAGACAUCCAGAUCAUCUCGCUGCCCUUCCUCAAGUUACAGAUCCGCUACCCUUGCAUCCGUAAAGAGGAUGUGAGCGGCAUUGCAUCCUGCGUCUUCACCAAAUACGGCCAAGGUUUCUAUCUGAUCUCACCAUCAGAGUUUGAGAGGUUUUCUCUUUCUACCAAAUGGUUAGUGGAGCCCCGGUGUGUUGUGGACAUGCCAGAAGUUUCAAGCAACAAUCACAUGCACACCAGGUCUGGCAUGGAGAAUGCUGCAAGAAAAUCCAGGGGAUCAGGAAGGAGUUCAAGUGACUAUGGAGAAGAUGAAAGAAAAUCUGGGAGGCUAAUGGAACAUGCCUUACUCAAUGAUGAAAAGGUCCUGAAGGAGAUCCAGAGUACUCUGGAGGGGGGCAGAGGGAGAGAUCACAUUCCCACAUCCCAAAGGAACAGGACUCUGAGUAUUCGCAUACAGGAGCUAUGCAGAAAGAAAUUUGGCAAGAAGUCCAUUAGGACAUGGACUAAGUAAUGGAGGAGCAGAUUGACCAGAAUCCAUCAAGGACUUUCCUGGCAUUGGAUUGCGUGCCAUAACACUACUGAUUGGGCAAACCGUCCCUGGGGAGAGGGCAUCAUUGCUCCUGGCAUCGCAGGCUACUGAGCUGCAACUUGCAUGCAUAUGCAUGCUUGCCUCUGCCUCCCCUUUUAGUGCCUCAUUACACAUCUCCUCUUGGAGCCCGCCUUGCGUUAGGACAGAAGUGGAUUGCCAGGUCUGAUGCACCACAAGCCUCUGAGUACAUCUAACUUUUAAAUGUUUGCACAUUUCUCUUUUCUACUGGGCUGGGUUUUAAAUUAUAAAUGUUACUGCCUUGGUGCAGGAUUUUAAUAAACGCACACUGUUACCUCCAACUGGUUUAAAAUUAUUUUUUUGUACAAUUUUUAAAAAUCAUAUGGGUAUUUCAGUUUUAACAGAAACACUUUAGAAAUUUACUUUAAAAAAACAAUACAUUAAAUAAUAUAUGCUAGAUUCCUGUGACUGCUGUAUGUGGUAUCUAAAUGAGUAACUUUGGUUUUUAUUUGUUAUGGUACUGUUAACUGGCUUUAUGGAUUUGAGUAGAAUCUAUUUUUGUAGACAUUCAAAUCAGAGGAAAACUAAUUGAAUUUGAUUUUGUUUCAACACUACGUUGCUUUUUUGAAAUAAAACUCUGAAUUCCCCUUUGUGA